UUGAUAAUUUAGGAUUUGCUCUUGCGCAUAUUUGGUAACUGCGACCACGCAAGCUUAAGUGAGGGACCUCGUGUUAUAUAUGCUUGCGCUGAUCAUGACAUAGGAACGGACUGCCUUGUCCGCGGUUUGCGGGGAAGGCUGUGGCAACCAUGUCGACCCUCGGGGGACUCAAGGGUCCCGGCAAGCCGCUUGCUGGAGCUGCUUCGAAGAGCUACAAUGUGGCAUCCAUAUGGGAGAAGACAGCAGCCCUAAGCGAGAGCCAGCUACGAGCAGUUGAGGCGCUGGGCCAGUUCUGUUCGCAAAGGCCGCUCCCGUUGCAUGUUGUGGACGAUCAGCGCUCCCACGCUGAGGCAUCGGAGCACCACAGCAAAGACAGCUACGUGGGCACUCUGGAGGAUGCAGUGCUGCACAACACCAGCCAAUUCCACAAAUGGCAUUCUGAGCUGGAGGCCGCCUGCGCCUCCGAGACGGAGGAGAAGUACAAACGCUACGCGGAUCUGCUCAGCAGCCACGUGACCUCCUGCGAGAGCAUCCUCUCAAAGGUCGAUCUCACCCUAGAAGCCUUCGACGCCCUACUAUCCCAGCACCGCGACGUGGUGGCGCGCUCGCGCUCCCUGCACGCCUCCUGUGAGACAAUCGUACGACAGAAGGAAGCCCUAUGCGAGCUGGCGGAGGCCAUCCGCGCCAAGCUGCGCUUCUUCGACGAGUUUGAGACCGUGUACGCUCAGUUCACGGCGGCGCAGGUGUCUCUGGACAGCGAGCAGUUUCUGGCGCUGUUGCGGCGGCUGGACGACUGCAUGGCCUACGUGGCGGCAAACCCGCAGUACGCGGAUGCCGCGCAGUACAGCGCGAAGUUUAGGCAGCUGCAGGGUCGUGCGUUGACCGCCGUACGCAGCAAAGUACAGCAAGUCCUCCGUUCUGCCGUACAACAAGUCCAGGCAGCCAUCCAACAAGCUGCUGCUGCCACACCAGCGGCAGGCAGCAGCGCAGUAGCCGCUGCCUCGGCCACAACGGCAGCUGCGGGCGCGCCUCCCGCCUCCCCAGUUGCAGGCGGCGCUGCUGCUACCAAUGGCGGCAACACUGCCAGCAGUAGCAGCAGCGGUCGCGGCGGUGCGGGUGCGGUUCCCCAGCUGGCUGAGGGCGCGGAGGUGCCCAUGCUGUAUGUGAGGUUCAGGGCGGCGGCGGAGCCUAGCAUCAAGGCCCUCCUCCGCGAGGUGGAGUCCCGAGCCCACCGGCCCGAGUACCUGCGCCUGCUCACCGAGUGCCACAACCUGUACGCGCAGGCGCGGCUGGCGCUCAUAGGGCCCUACGUGCAGCAGCGCAUCGCGCAGUACGGCAGCCAGCAGCCGCUGCCGCUCUUCACGCGGAACGGCUGCGAGCACCUGGGCCGCGUGUGCCAGCUGGAGGUGCAGCUGUUCGAGCACUUCUUCCCGGGCCAGCAGCAGCAGCAACAACAGCAGCACCCAACCCACCCUCAAAGCAACAGCAACCAGCAGCAGCAGCCAGCACGUGCAAACGACGCGAACAAAGCAGCUGCCACCACGGCAAGCAGCAAGGCCGCCGCCGGCACCCCCCCGCUGCCGCUGCCCCCCUCCGCGGACGCGCUGGCCCCGCUGCUGGAGUCCCUAGCCACCAUGUUGUACGACCAGCUGCGACCCGCGGUGGUGGUGAUGCAGGACAUUGACGAGCUGUGUGAGCUGGUGGACAUACUCAAACAUGAGGUCCUGGGCGAGCAGCUGGCUCGUCGCGGCCCGGGCGGCGAGGCGCUCAAGCCGCUGCUGGGCCGCUGCCUGGCGGACGUGCAGGGGCGCCUCAUCUUCCGCGUGCAGGCCUUCAUCCGGGACGAGAUCAGCGGGUACACGCUCACGCCCGAGGACACAGACUACCCCGCACGCCUGGAGAAGCAGCUGGCGCAGCAGCAGCACCAGGCUGCGGGCGGGGAUGCCGCUGCAGCCAAUGGGAGUGAGGAGGGGUCUGCAACAGCAGCAGCGGUGGCAGAAGACGGGGCAGCCGCGGCUGCGGAUCCCUACGCGGCGCUGUUUCCACCGCUUCGUUCCACGCUGUUGGUGCUGUCCAAGCUCUACCGGGCUGUGGAUGGCAAGAUCUUUGGCGGUCUGGCUCAGGAUGCGGUGUCGGCGUGCACGGUGGCCGUGCAGCAGGCCAGCCGGGCGGUGGCAAAGCGGGCGGCGGCGGCGGCAGCUGCUGGGGGUGCUGCUGGGUCGGCGUCAGCAGGAGGGGCAGGAGCAGCUACGUCUGCGUUGGACGCGCAGCUGUUCAUGAUCCGCAACCUGCUGUUCCUGCGCGAGCAGAUCGUGCCGUUCGAUGUGGAGUUCGCGGUGACGGACAUUGACCUGGACUUCUCGCACAUGCGGGACCAUCUGCGUCGCAUCAUGCUGGGCCAGGAGAGUCUGUUCGCGCUGGGCCCCAGCAACGCGGUGGUGCGCAUGCUGGGCGCCUCGGGACCCCGGGUGCUCACCCACCACCUGGACUCCAAGAAGGAGCUGGAAAAGGCGCUGAAGUCCGUGUGCGAGGCGCUCAUCAUGGCCCUCACCAAGGUGGCGGUGGAGCCGCUGCUGUCCUUCAUUACAAAGGUGACGGCUGUGCGGCUGGCGUCAGCGGGACAGAGCGGCGGCCAGGCAUCCAAGCCCCUCCGGGAGCAGGCGUUCGCCUCCCCCGCCAAGCUGGCCGAGGUGGUGGGGCGGGUGAAUGCGGCGCUGGAGGGGCCGCUGCCCGCCGCAGUGGCCAAGAUGCGGCUGUACCUGCCCAACCCCGCCACACACGCCAUCCUGCUCAAGCCGGUCAAGUCCAACAUCGCGGAGGCACACGGGCAGAUCGCCAAGCUGCUGCAGACGGACUACACCUCGGAGGAGGCGGCUGAGGUUCCGCUGCACAACCCGCAGCAGCUGGCCGCCGUGUUGGAUCGGCUGUGAGGAGCCUGUGAGGAGGAGCCUCGUGACCGCUGAGAGGUGCUUAGCUGAUGUGCUG